AUGGCACACCACGGAGGGGCAACUAUCUCGAGCGAUCACGACAUGGAGAAGGGUCUGCACAGGACGGACACGAGCGUGACGAUGCCUCCGGAGCUGUUCGAGAAGCUAUAUCUCACCCCGAAGGUUCCCAUGCACAGCGACUACAACAGGCGAUUCGCCAACCCGACAGCACUGGGCUUUGUGGGAUUCGUGAUAUCGACCUUUACGUUCGCAAUGGUGCUCAUGGGAUGGGGCGGUGCCGAGGGGGCGUCACCCGUCGUGGGCAUAUUCUUCUUCGUCGGGCCUGUGCUGUUGACGUUUGCCAUGGUGUUUGAGUGGAUUAUGGGCAACUUCUUCCCAACGUGUAUCUCUACCGGUCGACGACCUCGCGACGACCUGCCUUCCGGGGUUCCCGACAACAAGCUGUCCAACUCCCGCGCACUGUUCCUCGAGACACAUGAAAGCAGUCUAGCUUGA